AUGGACACCAAUGUCAAGAAGAAGAAAUGGAAAAUUGAUGAAGACCUGGUUAGGUAUGGCCCUGGAUCAAUUCUAACAAAAGUAAUCACCAGGGCGUUAACCACAGCAGACCCAGAAAGCGCAUGCUUCUGGCUGCUCAACGAUUUGUCAAAAAUACUCGAAACAAUCGAUUCAGAUAAGAUCAAGCAGGCAGGACUAUUCAUCGGGUUAGAGAGAACAACUCCACCAGCGGAAUUCAUCAAGGAUGACCUCAUUGCAGACGCACGGGCCUGGGUAUGUGAACACGACAAAUGGGGAGCAUCAUGUAAAAACUGGAUAUUGAACGAGAUGGCAGAGAUCGAACGUGAGUGGACCGCCAACGCCCCUACUGGUGAUAUGCUGUCAUUCGAAGAAUACUGCGAGGACCCAGCCAGAUGGGCAACCUCAGGCGGAGCCCCAAAGGUAAAAAUGCUAGGAGAGGAAGUGCGCUCAAUGUGGGCAUGGGCCUUCGACUGUAAGAGGAGAGGGGUGUCAAUCUAUGAACGAGCGAAGAAGAGCCCAAAUGUUGCCCACGUAGCACUGAAAGAGGAGAGCAAGAAAACACGGCUAGUGAUCACUACCCCAAUGGCUUCAUAUUUGAGGCAAUGUUACAUGCUAUAUCGGUCAGGUAAGUGUGUCAGCCUGUCCUCACCAAUUUCAGAUCACGACCUGAUAAAACGAAUGAUGGUGAUGAGUCACGAACAAUAUGUUAGUGUAGAUGCAAAAGGAUUUGACCAUCAGAUUCCGUUAUGGUUUAUCCAAGAAGUCGUUCGGAUGGUAGGCAGAGUAAGUGGAUGUCAAGAACUCGCUGACGAGGAACUUCGGUCAAUGCAGGGGAUGAAGGUUGAACUUUUCGGAACCAACAUAAAGUACCACGGUGGUGUGUUGAGUGGAUGGAGAUUAACCUCCCUGAUCGGAUCUAUGGCUUCAGAGUUCUUGUGUCGAUUUGUGGCCUCCCGCGUGCCUAUGUUACGAUGGGCAGUGCUGGGCGACGAUGUGUUGAUGAUGGGUAAGUCACUGCCAAAAGAUAUCAUCGAGACAGCCAUCAACACAUUCGGGCUUAUACUCAAGGACCCAGUUCAGAUCAAGAGCGUGGGAGUGUUUCUGCAACGCAUCUAUGGAGGUGGACCAUCGAUAAUGUGUUUCGGAAGAUCAUUGAAACAACUGUUUUACGCCAACCCAUGGGUUGAGAGACUGCAGUUCGCGACCCCGGAAUCACUAGCUAAUGGCUGGUUACAAGCCAUAUCUCGUAUCCCUGGCAUAUUGCAUAGGCAAUGGCUACUAGAACAAGCUUCGUUAGAUAUGGCGAGAUGGGCGCGAUGGCCAGGGUGGGGCAAACAACGGUGGUAUGAACUGCUGACAACAGAUAGCGGAUACGGCGGCUUGGGCACCAUGGAUACACACAUCGUUCGUGAUUACAUCCCAGCAAUCAGGACAACGGUUGAGGAGACCAAGAGAGGACAUGAGACAUGGGAAAAACUAUAUUCUAUACUAAUUCCGUCUAGCACCAGGAAGAAAGAUCUCCAGGCACAGUACAGGUUCGUUAACGUGAGCCACCUUGAGAGGAUGGCGCUGAGGGUCACCGGAAUCGUCCGUAUGACCUGGGACGAACGAACCAACAUUACGCAAGUUUUGUACAACAUCAUGAACGAAGGUGCCUCGGCUAUACCCAAAUACAUUAGAGAAAUUAAUUGUAUAUGCUUUUUCAAAAUUAUUAUUGCAUGCAUGAUUCUCCUUUUUCUUUGUUGUUUAGGUUAUAGCCAUGUAUUGAACUGA